UACAAAUAUAUUUAAUUCUUCAAUUUUUUACAUUUAUAUUUAAAUUACUCUAAAUUUCAGAAAACAUGUCAGAACAGUCGCCAGCAUUCAAGGCUGAAAAGCAGAAUGUACUGGGAGAACUGUCUAGUAAAUUUAACAGGAUUGGAUCUUCAGACGAAUUAGAGUCUCUACCCCCUCCUCCGCCCGUAUUUCAAACCUAUGGAACCAAUAGAGUUGAUGAUGAUGAUUUACCGCCUCCCCCUCCCAGCUUUUUUAUGGAAAAGCAGAGUUGUGUUUCAGUUCCAUUCCCUCCCCCUCCCCCUCCUCCUUCAACUGCUGAUAUCCCUCCACCCCCCAGUAUCAUCCCUCCAGACUACUCCAAACUAUCUCCUAAGAAAUCGGAUGAGGACAGAUAUAUUCAACCUAAACUCCAACCUAUCCCCAGAGUAGGAUUGAAGUCUGUAUCACCUGAGCCGAUGGGACCCAAGGGAUUCAACUCCUCCACUGAGGGUCUGGCCUACAGACCGGUUAAGUUCAACCCAGGGAAAAUUAAUCAAGCAAGUUCAGGAGAUGUUUCUCGUGCAGAGAUAGAGGCAGAAACUCAGAAGCCUAAAUCUAAUCAGUAUGAGAAUGCUUNUCUUAAAAAUUAUAAAAGUUUCUAA